GCUCGGGCCCUUCCGCUCGGUUCCGCGCCGCCCCGGCCCGUCCGCGCCGCCCGCCAUCCCGCGCUCCGCCCGCCAUCCCGCCGCGCCAUGACGGACCGCUACACCAUCCACAGCCAGCUGGAGCACCUGCAGUCCAAGUACAUCGGCACAGGGCACGCCGACACCACCAAGUGGGAGUGGCUGGUGAACCAGCACCGCGACUCGUACUGCUCCUACAUGGGCCACUUCGACCUGCUCAACUACUUCGCCAUCGCUGAGAACGAGAGCAAGGCGCGCGUCCGCUUCAACCUGAUGGAGAAGAUGCUGCAGCCCUGCGGGCCGCCCGCCGACAAGCCCGACGAGUCCUGAACCUCCGGCCUCCUGGUCCCGGCCCUCCCUCCUGUGUGGUUCCGCGAAGGACUGACCGGGAGAAGCCUCGCGAAAUGCCUGCUUCUGGACUCUGACUGUGCAGUCGUUCGUCUUUUUUUUUUCAAGUGGAAUAUAAUAAAGCUUCCUGGGCAUUCCUGAUGUUUGGUUUGGUAGUUUCCUAGUACGAGGUUUUUGUUCCCAGAGGAGUGCUGGUACUCGGUAUUGAGCGUUUCAGUGCAACCAUCCGAGGUGAAAGUCUCGGAUACUCCCAGACAGCGUUUUCCCGACCGGGCGCAUUGAUACUUGCUUACGAAACUCAGUUUUGGGGGGAGGGGGUGGAAGUUUGUUGGUACUCAAAGGGUUUGAUUUCUUGGUAGCAAUAUUAUGUGGGGUGGUUUUUGGUAUAGCAUAAGUCAGUUCCUCUAAUACUGAAAAAUUCCAAAGUGGUUUUUCUUUAAACACUAUUUUCUUGCCUCAUCUUUCUCUUUCCUGUACCUUUGAGUUUUUUCAAACCUCGAUUCUUUCUGAUACGAAUUGACUUAAGGUGGGGGGGUUGGGAAAGUCGCUUUCUAGUAACCUAGCAUUCAGGGUUUUCCACCUUACAUCAAACAAGCAUACUAAUAUUGGGUUGAGCUCUGUUGAUGUGGAAUAAGAAUAUAAGGGUUACUCACUACUACUUGGAAGUAAAAUGCUUCGAGGUGACAGACUGUUAGAUCACACUGCAUACUGAUUGAUUCCGAUUUGUCGCUUAAAAUAGGCUUUCUAUUCACAUACAGUACAAAUAAAUGUUGAGUUCUAAAAGGUGGGAAGACCUCAGACCAAAACAGUGAGAUACAUUGCUUGGGGAAAUAAAGUGCUCUCAUUUCUGA